GCUCACGCGUCCUUCACAUUUCCCUGAUCUCCGACUCUGAAAAAUGCGGUUGUUCUCGACGGUCCUCUUGGCUGCCGCUCUCGUAGCUGGCAUAGUCGAAGCUACGCCAGCCCCAACUAAGACAAGCCCCCUUUUAGCCCGCGGUGGCGGCGGUGAAGGAGGUUACGGCUCCGGAGGCAGUUAUGGCUCCGGUAGCGGUUAUGGUUCUGGCAGUAGCAAAGGCUCUGGCAGUGGUUACGGCAGCGGCGGUGGCAGCAAGGGCUCGGGCUCCAGUAGCUGUGGAGAGAAUGAGUUCUACUACCCUACCCGUAGCUGCUGUCUCCCGCAUGGUGGUCCUUCCAAAGCUCCGACGCCACCCAAGGGUGUCGACUGCCCAUCAUCUUGGUACUUCGACCAUAGUCAAGGCUGCUGUGUACCGCGUCACAAACCGACUAAGCCCGCGAGCCCGACUUGCAAGAGCGGUUGGUCCUGGCUCCCUGGUCUUCAAUGCUGCUCGCCGCACCAGCCCACGCAUCCUGCUCCCCCUACUCCAUCUAAGAAACCCAAGUCUGGAGGCAAUGGCGGCUACAAGGUCAAGCGCAACCGUGAGGACCAAUGGGAUGCGUCGUUCUGCCCGACUGGUUUGACGACGUGCCCGGUUGCCUCGCACGGCGUUCUCACUGGUGAUUCUGAAUGUGUUGACACGACGUCUGACUUGACUUCCUGCGGUGGAUGCGCUUCUCUCGGUCAGGGCACUGACUGCUCAAAGAUUCCGAACGCAUCCUGCUUGGGCGGUGUUUGCGUCGGUAGUAGUUCUGACCUUGUUGGUAUCAUACUUGUUUCGUUUGGUUGUUACGAAGGUCAAGCUAUCGUCGCCUCUGAUCACUGAUAUUUACGGACAUUCACAUUCGGCUCUGCUAAAAUAUAUUUUGUCUCUUCUCCAUGUUGUUUUGCUUUGCAAAGACGCUUGGCUUUGAGGGGAAAUACCCUUAUCAUGUUACCAUGGACACUCUGUGAAGAGGGUCGAACUGCCGCGAAUCAAACAACAAAAAAAGAUUGACAGCGCGAAUCAGAAUCCCUGAUUUGCAUCACAGCCUUGUCUAAUUUGGGAGGCCUCGGCUCAGGUCUGAGGGAAUUACGUGUCGCGGGAAUGCGUGGGUUAUAAUUACUGAAAUAGGUAGCAUUAAUAGACCCAGCGGACAACUGAUGCCGGAAGCAGCCGGUUUCUGAUCCGAGCAGGCAGGACUUAUUCAGACUUGUAUACGUCACCAUUUUUGCUCAUGGCUCAGUGUCC